AUGGCGGGCAAAGAUUGCGUUGGCAUUGCUUGUGAUACCAGACUAGGCAUGCAGGCACAGACAGUGGCCAUGGACUUCCAAAAGGUGUUCCGUGUGACGGACAAGACGUUCCUGGGCCUAGCGGGCCUCGCCACCGACGUGCAGUCAGUGUCGCAGCUACUUAAGUUUAAGAUCAACAUGUGCAAGAUGAACGAGGAGCGUGAUAUUAAGCCCAUGACGCUGACAUGGACUGCCUUGGAUGUGAGAUGA